UGUAACAUCUGUUUGUAACCAAUAGUGGAACGGCUCGAUGAAGAAAUGAAGGAUAAAAAGAAAAAGCUCCGCAUCAGAAAGCUCCAGGAACGGCUCGGCUCAAAGCUGGAUGACCUUGAACAACUUGAAAAACUAUACGCCCAGACAAUACAACAGGAGAAACAGAAAGUAUUAGAGAAGGAACAAGAGAUCAAGGUCAAGAAGAUGGCUGAGAAACAUGCCAUGGAUGUUGCCAUGACUCCUAAACCUGAAGGCAAGUCAGUAGCCAUCAAUACUGACCUUACUUUCAACAAUAAUACAUGUAAUCACCAUAGUGGCAAUCUUAAAGAGAAAAUCCUAAAGGAUAAGCUAAGCAAGAUGGAUACUGGAGGGGUAGGUACCAGUACAAAAAUAGGUGAUUGCAUCAUCUACGACCCAAAUAAACCCCUCUUCUCACUUUUUGAAGGAUUUAAGGUACUUGAAGAGGUAGAAGGAAAGUUCCUCCUUGACUACCUUCACUUAGUCGACAAAGUAGACUUCACUGCUGGAGAUGAGAAGAAAUUCAAUUUGUUCUACAAGAACUUCCGGAGAGGGGAGAUCAACCAGGAAGACCCUAAAAGUCUCAACAAGUAUGGAGAGUUUGAUCUCACUCAUGAACUUAAAGAUAAAAAGAGAAAGGAAUGGUGGGCUCUAACCAAGUACAAACUUAUGAAACUGAUCAAUGACAAAUAUUAUAUGAUCUCGAAGUAUUUGAAACCUCUCCUUCCUAAUGAUAAGACUAAAAAUGAGUACUUGAAAACUUUCUUCAAUGUAAAGAAUUUCGGUAAAAGCCAAAAGUCCGUUGGAACAGAGCCAGAUGUUCUUUCAGUACUAGAAGGUCUAAGGAGAUACUACAAAGAUUUAGAUGAAAGGAAGCUUACCACUCGUGAAGAUAGCUAUCUUCCACCAGUUGCAUUGAAGAACAAUUUGUUGACGAAUGACAUUAAGAUGCUCGAAUCUAUAUCAGAGAAUGAUUACCAGACUACCAAGAAUACUCGUAUUAGAGAUAUCAGACACUUCAAGAAAGCUAGUAGAGCACGUUCGAAGCAGAACAUAACCGAACGUUAUAAGUUUGGACUUCAAAACCUUAAUCAAAGUGGUGAGGUAUCCAAGGGUAGGAAUGCGAAUGACUUCAUACGAAAAUCUACCAGCAAGCUGAGUAAAAAGAAAUUUGUUCAAAGACUUAUGAUGCUCGACCAGCUCUCAGAUUCUGGAAAAGAUAGCUCUACAAGAUCUGAUCUUAUAGCCCAUGGAACUGGACAUGCAGACCAGUAUCAGAAAUCCCGAUUCGCUUAUGAAUCUUUUCCAAAUGAAAGGAUUGAGACAAUGACAAGCCAUUCAAAUAAACAAAUUACAACAGCAUCUCCUCCUUCGAGGAAUGAUAAAGCUAUUGAGAGUCGUAACAUUCAUUUAAUAAGUUCUUACCAAUCGAUCGAUAUUCCUGGAAUUGUCAAUGCCAGAAGUAGAUCAACAAGUAUGAAAGAGAAAGUAAAGAGUAAGGGUUUUAGUAGAGGGCGGCAGCCUCAAAAAUUUGCCCAAGUGUCCAAAUAUCCUGUGUUCACAUCUUGUGAGACUCCUCUAAGGGAGAAAGGAAUACCACCUCAUCAAAGCAAGAAGGAGAUCAUUCAUCGCCUUGGGAUUGAUCAAACUGAGAUAGAAGAAGCUAUUAAACUUAAACCUUCUUCUGAAACCCUACAUUGUUCUAACUGGAACAAUUAUUUAACAGAGGAUCAUAUUGUAAGAGCCAAGAAACAGCAAAGGAGGAAUGAGUACUGGAACUUAAGGGUACUGCCACCUGAUCUUAGUCCUUCUAUCUACAAAUAG